GCAGUCCCGACACUAUCGGUAAAGUCCCACAGCAUGUCAACAAGAGAAAGCAACCAGCUGUUUGCUUCUUUCGUACUUCUUCUCGUCAGUACCCACAUUGAUUUCUGUCAGGUUGAAGAUCCGGAAGAAGAGUCUCAAUUUGUGCUCUCCAAGAAACGUCGUAUUGAGACCGAAAACUCGGAAGACGAGCCCCCGGUGUCCACUUCAACACUAUAUACUCUCACUAUAACCCUAACCAGUCAGAGCUAUUGAAAGGCCGAGAGUCGAAAAUCGGAUUCACCAACAAGAAGCACACGACACCGGCGAGCACACGAGCCUCGAGGAAACGGACGUGACAACUUCCAACGAGAACAAGGAUUCUUUCGGUCUACUUGCA